GAGAAGAGUCUGGGGAGAGAGAGAGGGAGAGAGAGAGAUGAGCGUGUCAACAGCGGCGUACUUUGCGAGGAGAGCAGCACAGAAGGAGAGAGUUCAGAUCCUCUACCGCCGAGCCCUCAGAGACACUCUCAAUUGGGCCGUCCACCGUCACCUCUUCUAUCAGGAUGCCUCCAACCUCCGCGAGAAGUUCGACGCCAACAACCAUGUGGAGGAUCUGGACGCAAUUGAUAGAAUGAUUGCAGAAGGUGAGGCACGGUAUAAUAAGUGGCGGCACCCUGAUCCUUACAUCGGAUUCAGUUGGAGUUUGGCCAGUUUUCUUUCCCAUUGCCCCUUGCCAUUAUCAGGUUUUCAAGCAAGCAAGAAUCAGAUAAGUUGAAGAAAAUUAUUCUGUGUCUUCCCUAAUAACUUUUCAAGUUUUUCCUCCCUAUCAGUGUUGGCAACUGGGCAUGGGGAGGUGUUUUCUGGAAUGACAUUAAUUGACUCUUUUUGGUACUACACGUCUACACCAAAAUAAUAAGGACAGCAUCACGGAUUACCCAAAUAUGUCUUUGUUUCUCUAUGCUCAUUGUUAAAAAUUGUUUCAGUUUAGCCAUAUUGCUCUUAGCAAGGGUCAUUGUCUGGUUAAAUUGUAAGAUCUUUUAUGAGGUUGUUGGUGUGAGGCCUCAAAGCAGUCACUUCUUGGAGCAAAAUUUUGAAAGGUUCUUUUCAGAAAAUUAACCAUGUAGCAAACUUACGUUAAAAUAAGAUGCACAGAGAGAGAGAAACAAGACACUUGGAUUUACAUGGUUUGGCAUUGUGCACUAAAGGGCGCCAAGGAGUUCAAACUGUGUACAAAGAGGAAUUAUUUGCAUGAAAGGGAAUCAACAAAAUUUAUAUAUUUUUUUCUUCUUAUUGUAGUGCACAUAAUUGGCCUGUAUGUUUCAGAGAAUAUGCAGCUUUAUUGUGGCAAUUUCCCAGUUUUAUAGCUUUUAAUGAGUUGUCUAACUGCUGAUCUCAUUUUU